GUAUUUAGUGGCCUCGCUUUUCAUUUUGAACUCAAAUUUAAAAGUUUUAUUUAAAUUUUUAAGUUAUAUUUUGAGCAACAAAAUGAAUAGAAAGAUUUCGAGAGAAGAUCGAAAGACGAGCAAGGGACGGCUAGGCAGACCGAGGAAACGACCAAAUCCUUCGAAAAAUAGUCGCCCGAGAUCAACGUACCUGAAAAUGCCGAAAAACAUUAUCGCAUCAUUAAUUUUUUAUCGGCAAUUUCCCAGCUCGUGAAGUGCGCAAAGUGUGACGGUAAAAUUCACUUCAAAUCUUGCAAGAAAGAAGGUCUUGGGUUUUCUAUUCAAGUAAAAUGUGAUAAGUGCACGAUGCCUGUUUAUAUUGCGUCAAGUGACAAAAUAGGCCGUAUUUACGAGAAUAAUCAAAGUUCGAAUAUGUCGGACGACAAUUCACCAGUAGUUGAGGAGCAGAAGAAGAAGCGUGGGAGGCCAGCGAAAACAGAUAAAGGUGCUGUUAAGGAGACCAAGAAACGUGGUAGAUCAGCAGCAGAAAAAACCAACAAUACACCACGCCCACCUAAAUCUGAUAAUGAAGAUGAUGCACCACCUGGACCCGUUAAGAGGGGAAGGGGAAGACCUAAGGGUUCUCACAAAAAGAAGCAGGGCUCACCAAAAUCUACUGCUCCAUCAUCAGGACGUGGACGUGGAAGGCCCAAGAAGGUAGAAGAAAAACCGGAGAGUACUGGUGAGGAGGAGGACGAACAGGAGGAUGAGGAGGAUGAGGAGGAGAACUGAACUGAUUGAGAACAAAUAAUUCCAUCUUUAUGACCUUCAUAAACUGAAGUCCUCUCAUCAACAACAUAUAAAGGAAGAACAAAUCAUUUUUUGCCUGAGUCUACAUUACGUCCUUCUAUCAUUCUAAUUCUUCGUAUUUUGUUUCUAAGAUUUACAUUGUUUGGUAACGUGAUGAAAACCGUGUGGCGAGUAGAGACUUCUCAAGAAGCUAUGGUACUGUAUAUUUCGAAUAAUUAACGAUAAGAUGGCCGAUUCAAUCAAGUAAAAGUUGGGAAUAAAAAUUAUAAACAUAAUGAGUUAAGAGUGGUGUAUGAAAAGAGCAAAACUUAUUGAAGAAUUUUAAUUUUAAUAUAAUUCAACGCACAGUGCGUCCACUUUUUUCUAUUUCUUUUCUCUUUUCUAGAUAUUUUAUUAAUUAACAUCUCUGACGAUAUUUGACGGUUUUAAAAAUUCAGUCGAUUCGUUAUAGAGAAUAAAACGUCAGGCUACUUAGGAAUGAACGAAAAAAAGAUUAAAAAACAUUUUAAAUUAUAUCGUGAAUUUUUCCGUAAUUUCUCUCCUUUAGCUAUUAUUUUUUUAUUGGGAAUUCUAAACAAUUUAAAUAUCUACUCGUCCACACUGAAACUAAUUCUCGAACGGACGAAAGACAAAUUAAAUUGAUAUUAAUUAAUAAAAACAAAACAAAGUAUUCCACAAUGAGAAAAAUUAUCCCGAGUGCAGUUUUCAAAUUUUUUAUUCGUAAGGACGCUCAUAAGAGUAAUUAGAAACGAAAAUUUUUAAAGAAAUGCAAAAUAGUAAAAUACUCUUUAGUAUGUUAUGAAUGCGUGAAGUCUAUUUCAACAUACUGCAAUUGUCAAAAAAAUGGAAUGGAAAAAAUGUAAUAAUAACGCAAACAAAUGUACAACAGAGGCCCGUUUCUGAGACAGUAACAUUGUGUGAAUGUAAAAUUUGUAUUAAAGUAAAUAAAUUCACAAAAUACUCUUAUUUAA